ACGGGCCGGCUCAGGUGAGCGUACGUGCGUCUGCACGAGGAGUCUGGGGUGGAGCUCGUCGCCGGACCCCCCUUGAUGAAUGUUCGUGCUUCCAACUGCGGCACGACAUUUUUCGAGUCUGAUCCGACACCUCCUUGGCGCAUAUCUCUGCAGAAGGUCAUCAGCGGGAAGCGCAAGCCAUUGGCCUCCGCCUCCUGACUAAGACCAUAGAUUCAUCACCCAAACGAUUCCACAUGCCUGGGCGAGUUUUCGACUUCAUCUUUGGCCGUCAAACAAUCACCAUUCUGGAAGAUGGCGAGUGAUAGCUCGACAACAAUAUCCUACUCAACAGAGGAUAAAGGCCCUGGGAUUAUUGUUGCAAUAUGUAUUAUUGUUGGAAUCAGCACUCUCUUCGUUGCCAUGCGGCUAUUUGUUCGCAUCAAAAUCCUUGGUCAAACCCAUUUGGAUGAUCACCUCACGGUUGCAUCUUUAUUGCUCAGCUACGCGACAGUAGCUCUCGAAAUUUGGGCUAUUCGUUGCGGCAAUGGUCGACACGCCGACACGCUUUCCCAAGACCAGCAAUCCGCCGCAAUCCUCUCCACGAUUUCAGGAUUUCCUCCGAAUGUCCUUGCCUAUACCAUACCAAAGUUCGCCGUCGUGGCACUACUCGUCAGGAUUCUGAACCCAGGAAGGAAGCAUCAAGUUAUGCUCUGGUGCAUGGCGACCGGAUGCUUAAUUCUGGUGUCCCUCUGCAUCAUCAUUUUGUUUGCUCAGUGUACACCGACUCGGGCUCAAUGGGACUUCACGGUGACUGAAAAGAGCUGUUGGAGUCCUUGGAUUCUCGUAAAUGUUGCUAUAUUGACAGGAGCUUAUUCCGCUGCCCUGGAUUUAUACCUUGCAGUCUACCCUGCCACAGUUUUGAUGAGACUUCAGAUGAACAUCAAGAAAAAAGUCAUCCUAAGCACUGCCCUUGGCAUUGGAUCCAUCUCUUGCUUUAUCUCCAUCUACAAAAGCACACGCCUACCAUCUCUUGCAAGCAAAGACUUUACUUAUGAUAGCGCUGAGCUUGUUGUAUGGACCAUUGUCGAGGGCAAUACUUUAAUCAUCGCCGCCUGCAUACCCAUCCUCGGGCCCCUCAUAGAACUCGCGCUUGGGCGUCGCGUUCUAAGUUCAACUGACCGAAAGUAUCAGAAGCAAAGCGACCCGGCGGGAUUGCGGUCAGGCGGAAUUGAGAUGAACGGGUCUCGGUCAGUGCCGAGGAACGGAAACGCCGUUGGCAAGACAUCGACAACUAUCAGUUCAAGAAUCGACUUGGAAGAUGCGAGUAGUCAAGAUAGUAUUGUCGGAGCGGAGACUGGGUCGAGCUCUAGAGUUCCUGGGAUCAUAAGGAGGCAAGACAUCACGGUUUCGUAUGAGAGGGCAGGGGCAGGCUGUGACCAGGAACAUGAAGACAAUAUGAAGUCUCGAAAGUGGGACUCAUUGUAGAGCGAGCUGCUGAAGGCUGUUGCCAUGAGAAUCCAAGUCGCUCAAGGAUUUCUGGGCUUUCCUUCUUUGCUUCAUGAUACUAGGUGGCCCAUUUCCGCCAUCUGAACAUUUGCAUCUUUCGAUUGAACAUAUCUAGCACGGCCAUGGAUCUUGGAGCUUCUUACGUUACGGCCGUGCCCAAGAAUACAGGCACCAUUCUGACCGUUCCCGGCCAUGAAGGUUCAUUGAUGCAAAGGCUAACUGAGUAAAUAGCAUGAUAGUCGCCAAUGUUGAAUGAGCCAAGGCAACUUAAGGUUUUGAUGGAGAAACUAUGCCAACACGCCAAAAGUCCCCGGCUUCGCCUUUUGCCAUUGGCCGGUGGGAUCUUGUAUAUGACCAGACUCGGCAUUUAUGAGAGACCUAUGUCGUAGG